CUCCCUCUCAACUCGAAAACUUUCUAACUCGAUCUCCAUCAUCCACAAAACUUUCUCUACUUCGAAGUCCUUCGAGAAUAAAAUACAAUGGAGUUCUCUGCUGCACCGCCUCGCUUCAUUUCGGCUUUAUUCCUAGCUUCAUUGGCAAUCUCCAUUAGUCCCGUGAACUGUCAGGUCACGACAUCAUGCACUUCUUCAAUGAUCUCGAGCUUCACUCCGUGCAUCAAUUUUGUGACAAACAGCAGCCCAAAUGGGACUUCGCCUUCCCCGACUUCUGAAUGCUGCAGUUCCCUCAAGUCCCUCAUGGGCAGCGGGAUGGAUUGCUUGUGCCUGAUUGUUACUGGAAACGUCCCUUUCCGAAUUCCAAUCAACCGGACACUCGCCAUCUCUCUCCCUCGCGCUUGUAAAAAGACCGGAGUGCCCCUCCAAUGCAAAGCCUCUGCUGCUCCCCUUCCUGCCCCAGGUCCUGCAGCUCUUGGACCAACCCGUCCUCCGAAAUCUGCUGACACUCCUCGAGCAUCACCUUCUGUUCCAGAAGCUGAGACACCCUCUCUGGCGCCAGAAGCAGACACGACACCAUUCCUUACCCCGCCAUCUCCCCCGACAGAUUCAGGGACCCCAACAAUGCCCACAGGAGUCCGUCCAGUUCUGAUUCCAUCCUCCACCACGACCUCUUACGUCGUAUCACCAGCUUUACUGCUAGUUGCUCUCGGAUCUCUUUUGUUCAACUAAAUUCAAUCUCUCUUUCGCCCAUUUUGGCUUCAUUGUUUUUGGGGCGUGAGGAUUGUUAUUUAUAGAAUUUAUUUGAUUCUUUGGAGCCGUAUUGAACAAUUAUUGAAAUAGAAUAUGAGUAGUAUGAGAGUUUGUGUACUACAUGUAUUGUAAGGGUGGAAAUAAAAGCAUUUUUGUUUGUAAGAUUUGCCCCCAUAACCGCAUGACAGUACCGGAAAUAACUUGUAUACCAAGCUUUGUGUUUGGUAGAAUCAAAUGCCAUGCUCGUAUUUGUUCAUUGAA